ACGAGCACGCCGAGGCUUCCGGACGAUGUUCUGUGGCAGACUGGGUGGCACAUUACGUGGUGAAAUCGAAGGAGGGUAGUAGGAACUACGGCCCUUACCUGGGCGCCCCCGCUGGCCACCACGCGGAGGUCCAGUGUAGAUGGCCAAACGGGAACCCAGGUAAGGGUCCAGAGAAAAAGGCUGGGAAGGGGACGUGGGAUGACUAAGGCGUGACAGAAACUGAGAGGGUGAAGAAUAGGGCAUGGAAUCAAAAUCUGGGUCGGAGUCGGUGUCAGAAAGAAAAUCAUAUGAAUUGUGAUACUCUUCAAAAUCAGAAAAAUCGGAAUCUAAAAAAACGUGGCGAGGCAGAACAUAAUCAGGGGAACGGGCGGAUGAACGUUGGCGUGCACGCCGGUGCCGGAUCUUUCCCGCUGGGUCCACAAUUGGCUGCGUCAUUCUGUCAGGAAUGAACGGGCAGGCAGGCAGGUUGUUAUGGACCCAAAUGCAGGGAAAACGAAAAAGGCAGCGAGGCAGGUGGCAGUGAACUCAAAAAACGUUUUAAUUAUAACUAACCAAAGGCACCAAGUACAAACAAAAGGACUGUGGAUCAAAAAGGCAAGGUUCAAACAAAACUUACUUUACCGGAGGGACUAUUACAUGAGGGCUUGGAAAGGACUUCAACUUGGACGCAGACACUGACAUUGACAUAGACAUUGACAAUGACGCAGCAAGGAGUGAACAGAAAAUGGGAGCUUAUAUACACACAAGCAGACAAGGGAUAACGAGACAACAAGGAACAGGAGUCUUCAAUCUGUAUUUGAGUCCUCCUACUUCUAAAGGCGGUAAUGGGAGUUUCCCAGCAACUUGGUGUCCUUCUCUGGAAGAACAUUCUAUACUACAGAGCCCACAAGGUUGCAAUAUUUUUGGAGGUUGCCUGCACACUCCUGAUCUCUCUAUUGCUCUUUGAUAUGCGAAGAACUGCUCAGUUUAGCCUCUAUCCUGAGGAUAGACAAACGAUUUAUGAAGCGCCUCAUGAAGCGCGUCAUGAACCACGGUUGCCAUCAGGCGGCACAUUGCGUGGGGCUUACGAACGUUACUGCUGCAACGAAAAGUGUGACUUUAAAAAAUCAGUAAUUUCUCAUUUCUAUAACGACAUAAAGAGGUUUUUGGAUACCAACCCUGAAGAGUUCAAAAAGCCUGACGCCACCUUUGAGAAUAUUCUGAACAACUUCCCGAGCUUCAUGAAGAUACAAGAACCACUGCAAAAGUUUUUCUGGACUGGAAGUACAGAGUUCUUGUGCAGCAGUUUUGAAAAUGCCAAGAAACUACUUCAGUUGAGUCGCAUUUUGGAUGAUCCACAUUAUUCAAGCUGCGUUGCGGUGAAUAAUGCACUGAAUAAGACUAUAGGCAAAGGUCAGCCCGUGGGAAAUCUGCUUUACACACCAGACACGCCUGUUGUUCGGAGUGUUAUGAAUACGAUUUUUGAAGACCUGCAGAUCUUCAAGAACUUUAAAAAGAAGUGGUUGGUCUUGGAGGAAAUAUUGAAACCAAAAGGUGACAUUUCUCCAGAAUCAGUUUACCAGAUACUCAACGACACCAUCACUAUUCUUGACAAACUCACUGAGUGUUUUCUGGAGAAAUUGGAGGGGUGUACAAAUGAAGAUCAGCUGAUUAGUAGGGCUCAGGAGCUCCAGAGGGGUGAUCAGUUUUGGGCAGGAGUGGUAUUUGAGCUUCCCGAUUCUGCUACUGAUUUGCUUCCCUCUGAUGUCACCUACAAGAUCCGAAUGGACAGCAGCUUAAUCACCAGUCAUAUUAUCUACGAUUUUAGUUUCUGGUGGCCUGGUAUACUUGAUGAAGGUGGCUACCUUUCAACUGGCUUUGUGCGUCUUCAGUACAUGGUGGAGAUGGCCUUGAUUAAAAAAAUGAUAAACAAAACACGAAACAUUGGAGUCUACGUUGAGAAAAUGCCAUACACCUGUUAUUCAUUUAGUAACACGAUUUUUCAUGUUUUUGAUUUCCUUCCAUAUUCCAUUGUAUUCCUUUGGAUGGUUAAUUUCGCAGUGACAAUUAAUGACUUGGUUCAUGAGAAAGAAGCCUGUCUGAAAGAAACCAUGAAAAUUAUGGGACUGAAAACAAGAACACUGUGGCUCAGCUGGUUCAUCACCAGUCUUGUGCCUUACCUGCUGAGUACAGUAAUAAUUUUAAUUAUAUUUAAGUUGGGUAACAUCCUGCCACGCAGCAAUUGGAUGGUCGUAUUUAUUUUGCUGAUUUCAUUUGCAUCUGCAUCUAUUAUGCUGUGUUUUCUCAUCAGUACUUUGUUCUCCAAUCCUACCAUGGCUACCGCAUGUGGGGCGGUCAUAUACUUUUUCUCAAUACUUGCAUAUAUACCAUUGUUUUUACAGCAAAACCUCCCCAGUACCACUAAAUUUUUGGCUAGCUUUCUGUGUACUGUGGCCUUUUCUUUUGGUUUGGUGCAUAUCAAUAAUGCUGAGGUGACAGGCGAGGGGGUCCAAUGGUCCAAUUUUCAGUUUGGUGAUGGAGAUGCAUACAACUUCCAUACAUGUAUAGCAAUGCUUUAUGUGGACGCCUUCAUCUAUGCUACAGCAGCCUGGUACAUUGAAGCCGUGUUCCCAGGUAAGUAUGGUGUGCCUCAGCCGUGGAAUUUCGUCUUUAAUAUCAACUACUGGAGGGGAGUUCCACUAAAGAAUGACAUCCCAAUCCCUGCUGUUCCUAAACGGCAUCGUAAAGAUUGCAUUGAAGCCGACCCAAGUGAAAUGAUCCUUGGUGUCCAUAUAAGUAACCUUGUGAAAAUCUACAAAAAGGGAGGCAAGAUGGCUGUCAACCACCUCGACCUGAAGUUUUAUCAGGGGCAAAUCACCUCACUUUUAGGACAAAAUGGAGCAGGAAAAACAACUACCAUGUCUAUACUGAUUGGUCUGUUCCUUCCUACUUCGGGGACCGUGUAUAUCCAAGGGAUGGACAUACGGAACAACAUGGACAUCAUCCGAAGGACCCUGGGAUUUUGUCCACAACACAAUGUCCUGUUUGACUUUAUGACGGUGCAGGAGCAUGUCUGGUUUUAUGCACGCCUCAGGGGUAUAUCUGAAAAAAAAGUAAAGGCUGGCAUUAAUUCUUGGCUCAAAAGUGUUGGACUGCUUCACAAACGUCAUGAAUGGACAAAAUUCCUCUCUGGUGGAAUGAAGAGAAAGCUGAGUGUGGCAAUUGCAUUUAUUGGCGGACCAAAGGUGGUUGUUUUGGAUGAACCUACAGCAGGGAUGGACCCACACGCCCGCCGAGGGAUCUGGGACAUGUUGCUGAAAUAUCGCAGAGACCGAACAAUCAUCCUCGCCACUCAUUACAUGGAUGAGGCAGAGAUACUUGCUGAUCGUAUUGCCAUUAUCUCCCAAGGAAGGCUGUGCUGCUGUGGGUCCCCGUUGUUUCUUAAAUCUAAACUGGGGGUUGGCUCCACCCUGACUUUGGUCAAAGAGAACAGACCUGGGACAUGUAAUGGAGACACCAGUGCAGGUUUGGCUGCGCUACAGUCCAUGGUUCAUCGCCACUUUCCCACAGCAAAGCUGAUGGAGUUAUGUUAUGAGGUGACAAUAAAUAUACCCCAGGAAGACUGUGAGCCAAGGCGGAUGGCUGCCCUCCUGUCUGAACUGAAUCAGAAUCUCAGCACAUUUGGAACUACCAGCUAUGGUCUGUCUGACAGUAAACUGGAGGAUAUAUUCCUUCGAGUGGUGAAGGACUCUGAGGAUAAUGUGGAACCAGCUCGGCAGACUGAUCCUCCAGAAAGGACAGGAGAGAGUCAAAACAUUGAACAACAGGUUACCAACUUGCUAAGUGAAACUGGCCAUGGUGUCACCUUGACUGGAUGGAGGCUUAUCUGGCACCAAUUGAGAGGUCUCUUCAUCAAGCGAUAUCUGUGCAUCCGAAGGGAUCUUCAAGGCCUCUUCUCUCAGAUUGGGCUGCCUUUUUUGAUUGUGUUGAUUGGUCUGUGGGCCACGGCUGAAAGAUCCCGGGAUGUGAACCUGGAGCUUCACCCAUGCAUGUAUGGAGAACAGUACAUUUUCUUCAGCAAAUCGGAUGGCACAUCUGAAGAUGUGAAGGAAUUCGAGGAUACUCUACUGGACCUGCCUGGUUUUAGUACAAAGUGUAGAGGGAACAGCAUCUUGAGCUACGAAGACAGAACGUUGUCAAAUUGGACCCAGGUCCCCAACCAGAUGGAUGAUGCUGACUGCAAAUGCAAAGACAAUCCAAACAAGAGGGAUCUACAGUAUUUUCCAGACUGUCAACAAGGGGCCGUCAGGCCGCCACAAAUACACAACAAGGCGCCAGGCAUUAUCCUACAGAAUCUGACAAAUUAUAAUGUACAAGACCACCUGAUCAAGAGCUACCCACAUCUUAUCAAGAAAAGCAUGGAGAUCAAGAUGUUCAUAGAAGAACUUAGAUUUGGUGGUUUCUCCAUAAGACCAGGAUUACCGGAUGACCUUGUUCAAAAUUAUGUCACUAUAUGGUAUAAUCGGAAAGCCCUACAUUCGCUGGUGUCAUUUGUCAAUGUGGUGAGCAAUGCAUUUCUCAGACAAAAGGCCCCUGACAGUAGCAUUACAGCCUACAAUCACCCACUGUUACUUGGGGACAAAAAGCCUGCGCCUGACAGCACCAGACACUAUUUGGAAUUUCUCCUUCAGUGCUGCGUUUUAUCUGCCAUGUCCGUUGUGCCAUUCGGCUUGAUGCUAUUCCUGACUAAUGAAAGAGUCAGUCAAGCCAAACAACUCCAGUUUGUCAGCGGCGUCAAACCAAUAAUCUACUGGGUGGCAAACCUUUUAUGGGACCUGAUGAACUACUCCAUCUCAGCCUUGACUGUGGUACUUCUUUUUCUCGGUUUCCAGCAUGAAAGAAACACAAAUGCCACCAACCUGCCAGCUUUCAUCCUGCUUCUUCUCUUAUAUGGGACGUCCACCAUCACCUUGAUGUAUACACUUUCCUUUAUGUUCACCGUUGCCACAAAGGGAUGCACUGUUGUGACCGGUGUCAACGUUUUCUUUGGAAUUAUUAUUCUCAUGGAUCUAUUACCCCUAAAUAGCACGGGAAAGCAAAUGUUCAUGAUCCUCCCCAUUUACUCCUUCGCAGAUGGACUCAAAAACUUGGAACAAGUACAUGAAUCAAAAUCUAAAAAAGAUCCUUUCGACCAGGAAUUUGUUGGAAAAAAACUUAUUAUAAUGGCAGGAGAGAGUGUCAUCUUCUUUCUUUUCACAAUAAUGCUGGAGUACAAGUUCUUCAUCCAGAGCGAAAUGCUGCCUUGCACUAAGAUCCCUCUUGGCUCAGAGGAUGAGGAUGAAGAUGUAGCCAUGGAAAGACAGAGAGCUGAAAGUGGUCAAGCUAAUUCAGACAUGCUUACUAUGAUCAAUCUGACAAAAAUUUACCGAGGUAAAAGUAAACCAGCAGUCAAUCAACUUUGCCUAGGGAUUCCUCGUGGUGAGUGUUUUGGCCUGCUUGGUGUCAAUGGCGCAGGGAAAACGACGACAUUUCGCAUGCUGACGGGGGAUACGACUGUCAGCUUCGGAAAUGCUUUCCUCAACAACUGCAGUGUCGCACGUGAAAUGGACAAGGUUCACCAGAGGAUGGGAUACUGCCCACAGUUUGACACCAUGUGGGGGUUGCUGACUGGUACCGAACACCUGGAACUGUAUGCUCGUCUACGAGGGGUGCCUGAGGAGUCUGUCACCAAGGUGGCUGAAUUGGCUUUGAAGAAGCUUGGACUAAGCAAGUUAUCCAAGCAAAAAGCUGAAGUUUACAGCGUAGGCAAUAUGCGGAGGCUCAACACUGCUAUCGCUCUCAUUGGUGCUCCACCUGUUAUAUUUCUGGAUGAGCCCACCACAGGCAUGGACUCACUGGCUAAAAGGUUCAUGUGGGACAACAUCCGGUCCCUGAACAGAGAUGGAAGAUCAGUUGUUCUGACUUCCCACAGUAUGGAGGAAUGUGAGGCUCUCUGCAGCAGAAUAGCCAUCAUGGUCAGUGGCUCUUUCAUGUGUCUUGGCUCUGUGCAGCACUUGAAGAACAGAUUUGGUGGUGGCUACGUCAUCACCUUGCGUCUGGCAGACAGUGAAUGCAAUCAAGACACCUCUCCAGUCGUCAUCUUUAUGAAAAACGCAUUUCCAGUGAUCAAGCUGAAGAAGCAGUACCAUAACAUACAGCAGUACCAGCUUCCGGCAAAUGCCUGUUCCCUGGCUGAAGUGUUUAACACGCUAGCCAACAAUUAUGAGGAGUUGGGCAUAAGGGACUUCAGUGUUUCACAGACCACGCUGGACCAGGUCUUUGUCAACUUUGCCUCGGAGUACACUGAAGAUCAGACAAGACGGCCCAAACCUGGUUUCUGGACCCAAUUUUGUUCUGCACGCAUUCAGCCGGACGCACCAAUUCCGCUGCAGCCAAUUGACUCCCUUCACUGAGAGGGAGGUAUGUCUCUGAGGUCAAAGCGGAGCAACCACGAUCAUUCUCCGCUUUCUAGUGUUCACCAGCAGAGAUUACUGAACUUUGGCGAAAUAUUAAAGACAAACAUGUAAGCUUUUCACAUGGAAAUGUCAUUGAUGUGCCAUAUUCAUGAGUUGUUAUUAAAUAGCGUACCGCACG